UGACGUUACUGCUGCUUGCUUCUUGUCGACAUCAUGUCGUACGAAACUGACAACUACGACCAGCGCGACCGCUCACCCCGUAGACGCUCUCGCUCACCGCGACGCUCGCGACGCUCCUACUCGCCGCGCAGCCGAUCUCGUAGCCGCGACGACUAUCGUCGCACUGAUCGCCGCUCGCGGUCGCCGAACAGUGGUGCGCAGGGUGCUGCCGGAGGCUACCAGUCGUACGGAGCUGCGCGAGCAACAUCGUCGCGCCCCGUUGAAAACAAGGACAACAUGAUGCAGAGCAUCCGAGACUCCUCUCAGCAGGAUCGCCGCGUCUAUGUCGGCAACCUCUCCUACGAUGUCAAGUGGCAUCACCUCAAGGACUUUAUGCGACAAGCUGGAGAAGUCCUCUUCGCAGACGUAUUGCUGCUGCCGAACGGAAUGUCAAAGGGCUGUGGUAUCGUAGAAUAUGCCACUCGGGAGCAGGCACAGAACGCCGUUGCAACGCUCAGCAACCAAAACCUCAUGGGACGACUCGUAUACGUGCGCGAAGAUCGAGAGGCCGAGCCUCGCUUCAGCGCCCCAGGCGGCGGACGCGGAGGCUUCGACGGCGGAAUGGGCGGCGCUCCUCGCGGAAACUUUCACGGAAACGCCUUCGGUGGGCCCCCCGGCGGCGCUGGUCAAGGUGGUAGGCAGGUCUAUGUUGCCAAUCUUCCUUACAACGUUGGCUGGCAAGAUCUGAAGGACCUUUUCCGCCAAGCUGCUCACACUGGCUCUGUCCUCCGCGCUGAUGUCCACAUCGCACCUGAUGGCCGCCCCAAGGGCUCCGGUAUUGUUGCCUUUGAAACCGUUGACGAUGCGCGAAAUGCCAUCAACCAAUUCAAUGGAUAUGAGUGGCAGGGUCGUAACCUCGAGGUCCGUGAGGACCGCUUUGCUGGUGCUCCUGGUGGCUUUGGUGGUCGCGGUGGUUUCGGAGGCCGCGGUGGCUUCGCAGGCGGCUUCGGAGGUCGUGGAGGCUUUGGCGGCCGUGGAGGAGGAUUUGGAGGCGGUUUCGGAGGACGUGGUGGGUUUGGUGGUGCUGGUGGCGGCGGCGGCGGUGGUGGCUUCGGUGGCCCUCCUGCUGGCGGCGCAGGCUUCGACCCCAACGCUACUUCGCAACCGCCAAAUCCCUUCACGGACUUUGCUGCUUCUGGAGGCGAGCCUAGCAACACUAUCUACGUCCGCAACCUUCCGUGGUCCACCAGCAACGAGGAUCUCAUUGAGCUCUUCACUACCAUUGGUAAGGUCGAGCGUGCAGAGAUCCAGUACGAACCAAAUGGCCGCUCCCGUGGAACUGGUGUCGUCGAGUUUGAGAAGGCUGGAGAUGCCGAGACUGCAAUUGCCAAGUUCACUGGUUACCAGUACGGUGGUAGGCCUCUCGGCUUGACUUACGUCAAGUACACCAACCAGAGCAACGGCGACGCUAUGGAGGGUACUGAGCAUAGUGGCUUAACUCAGGACCAGAUCAUGUAAGGUGGACGUGGGGCACUAGUUGUGUACACCUCACGAUGUUUAGGCCCAGUCCACACUUGCAGGGCACAUAUUCAAUCUGCCCAUGACUGUGAGCCAGUCAUGUUUGGACUCAUUUUCUCAUAUAUCAACUUCUCCCCACGAGACUGGAAUAUGGGGAGGAAAGUUCAGCGUUAUGGAGGAUAUCU